AUGGCUCCGGAAAGCGAGUGCGAGACCGACUUGCGCGUGCUGGCCGCCGGCAUCCCGCUGCCGCCCCCGCCGCCCCCGCUCGGCAGGGACCCCGCCGUGCCGCACGCCCCCGUGCGCACGCACCGCCUCACCACCGACCAGAAGAGGCUGGCGGUGAAGAACGCGCUGCGCUACUUCCCGCUGGAGUACCACUCCAGACUGGCUCCAGAGUUCGCCCAGGAGCUGGACGAGUACGGACACAUCUACAUGUACCGCCUAAUGCCCAAGUUCCCUGUCAGGGCUUAUCCACUGCAACUUCUGCCUGCCCGUUGUCCGGAGGCGGCGGCCAUCAUGCUGAUGAUCCUCAACAACCUAGACCCGGCGGUGGCGCAGUUCCCACAUGAGCUCGUCACCUACGGGGGCAACGGACAGGUCUUCUCCAACUGGGCACAGUUCUGGCUGGUGAUGCGCUAUCUGUCUUCGCUGGAGCGCGACCAGACGCUGGUGCUGUACUCGGGCCACCCGCUGGGGGUGUUCCCGUCGCCCGCGUCGGCGCCGCGGCUCGUCAUCACCAACGGUAUGGUGGUGCCCAACUACUCCACCAGGAAGCACUACGACGACAUGUUUGCACUCGGAGUCACCAUGUACGGCCAGAUGACCGCGGGAAGCUUCUGUUACAUCGGGCCGCAGGGCAUCGUCCACGGCACUACGAUCACGCUGAUGAGCGCGGGCCGCAAGUACCUGGGCUGCGACAGCCUGGCGGGCAAGGUGUUCGUGACGGCCGGCCUGGGCGGUAUGAGCGGCGCGCAGGCCAAGGCCGCCGUCAUCGCCGGCUGCGUCGGCGUCAUCGCAGAGGUGAGCGAAGAGGCUUUGCAGAAGCGGCUACGCCAGGGCUGGCUGUGCGAGGUGGAGGGCGAUCUCAACAAGCUGAUCCAGCGCAUCAGGGAGGCCCGCCGCAAAAAGGAGGCGACCAGCAUUGGCUACCACGGCAACAUUGUGAACCUGUGGGAGCGACUGGUGAGGGAACUUCGCGAGAAGGGCGACCUGCUGGUGGAUCUGGGCUCGGACCAGACGUCUUGCCACAAUCCCUUCCAGGGCGGCUACUACCCUGUGCAGCUGGACUUCCAUGAGGCGCAGAAGGUGCUGUCUGAAGAGCCGGAGCGUUUCUCGUCGAUGGUGCAGGCGAGCCUGGUGCGACACGUGGAGGCGGUGAACGAGCUGGCGGCGGCCGGGAUGCGCUUCUGGGACUACGGCAACGCCUUCCUGCUGGAGGCGCGCCGCGCGGGCGCCGACGUCGAGAAGGCUGGCGCCGGACCACUCGCCUUCCGCUACCCCACCUACGUGCAGGACAUCAUGGGGGACAUAUUCUCGCUGGGAUUCGGACCUUUCCGCUGGGUGUGCACAUCUGGGCUGGAGAGCGACCUGCAGACCACGGACAAACUCGCAAUCGAUGAACUGGAGACUCUGCUGAAAGAUGAGAGCGUGGGCUGCUCGACGCGCGCCCAGUACGAGUCCAACCUGGAGUGGCUGCGCCGCGCGGAGGAGCACCGGCUGGUGGUGGGGUCGCAGGCGCGCAUCCUGUACGCCGACCGCGAGGCCCGCCGCCGCAUCGCCGCCGCCCUCAAUGACGCAGUCCGCAGCGGCGCCGUCAAGGGCCCCAUAGUACUCAGCAGGGACCACCAUGACGUCAGCGGCACUGACAGCCCAUUCCGCGAGACAUCCAACAUAGACGAUGGUUCUGCUUUCUGCGCAGACAUGGCCGUGCAGAACUGCAUCGGGGACGCAAUUCGCGGAGCCACCUGGGUCGCUCUGCACAACGGCGGCGGCGUCGGCUGGGGCGAGGUGAUAAACGGCGGCUUCGGCCUGCUGCUGGACGGAUCGGAGGACGCAGCGAAGCGGGCGCACACCAUGCUGGCCUGGGACGUCAGCAACGGAGUCGCUCGCAGGUGCUGGUCUGGAAACGAGCUGGCUCUGGAGGCUACGAGCGUGGCCAUGAAGUCGGACCCUCGUCUGGAGGUGACGCUGCCGCACCACGCCUCGCCUCAGCUGCUGAACACUCUCUUCCAGUGACCUGUGCCGCCAGGACUACCUCAUCGGUGUUCAGCUCACUCUAUGCUUCCUCUCACUAAUUGUCAGAAAUGUGACACUCAUAUUCCUCUGAUACAUGUGUAAUUUUUCAUUGCUUUCUUAAUCGAUUGUGAUUUAAAGAGGAAAUGGGUCUGUAUGUGAAAAAUUAUCUCGCAGCAGCGCUGUGGUAUGGUUACUGAGCUUUUUGAUACUGUACUCGUGAUGGUUUCUCUUGCUGUGAGAUCAUUCCCGCAACAGUAAUUUUUAUCACAUUUUACCAUAUUUUCUUCUGGUUCCCUCUUCUGAGUUUUGGUUUGCUCUUUUGUCUUUCCGGUGCGAUGACUCAAAUAUCUGGUCUCAUGUAUCGAGGGGCUUUAAAGAGAUUUAUCCGAUAUCAAACGACUGUAUCUCCUACAUUAAUUACAGCUGUCUCAGUAUUCUUUUUCGUUUAACUCCCGUACUGUUCUUUCAGUACUUACUUUAAUGUCAGUGGCAAAAUAUUGAGAUUCAAGUUACCACCCGAUAGCUUUUACAAAGCAUGAAACUUCUGCCAGCUACUAUCCUAUUUCUUCCAAAAUAUUUAAAGUCGUUGUUAAUACGUCAACUUUUACAAGCCAUAAAGUUUCUGCCAACUACUUUGCCACUUGUUCCAAACAUUCCACUACCUGGUAGCUUUUUGAAAGCAUGAAGUGUCAAUUACUUCGCUAUUUGAUCCAAGAUAUUCAAUCUCGUUGUUAGCCUGUUAGCUGUAACAAAGCAUGGGGUUUCUACCAACUACUUCGCUGAUUGUUCUCAACUGCUGUUAGCUGUAACAAGGAAUGGGGUUUCUACCAACUGCUUCGCUGAUUGUUGUAAACUGCUUUGCAAGCCAUGAAGUUUCUACUAGCUUAGGUCAUUGCUUCAGAUUAUAUCAUCUCGUACAUCACACGUAUAGAAGAAGAAGAAGACCAUAAAUAUAUUAACUGUCCGGUUAAUUUUGCCUGCGAGUUCUCUUCCAAAUCAAUAACUUUUUUUUUACAACAUAAACUGUAUGUUGCUUCUUGUUAUGAACAAGUGACGCUUUUAUUUUGUUCACUUUUGCUGUCAUUGUUUUUCGAUGUCCAGAUAUAUAUACAAUUAAGUCUCUCUUACCUCGUGACAUACGAAGAUGGAGACUGAUGCUGCUGUCUCUGCUUCGCUGAUUUUGCUAAGAUGGAGCGGGGUCUUUCUUAAUUUUACGCGAAUUUACUAAAAUGAAUGUUGACGCUCUUGGGCACAAACGCUUCAAUCAAACAAAUUGUCUGAAAAAGUGCAAAUAAAAAUUCGGAGUCGUAUAUGAAGGAGUACCCAGAUGGGACUAAUGCUUUGAAUUUGAAUCGCCUAUUUUCAGUAUUUGAUCGCAACCCCCAAUAAAUAGGGCGUUUCACAAUUUCUGUUAGAUGCUUCUAGGAGAUGUAGACGGGACAUAGUACACAAUGUUUCGAAGAAGAAUCGAUUACCGGAAAUGUACCGUGUUGAUGUAAAAUAAAUCUGAAGAUCGAAUCACUUUGAAAUCUCUCGUUUCAUAGUACAAACAUAGCGGACACAAUGGGCUCUAACCCAUGUGAUGAACAGGAACCCAUGGCAUGGGCAGUGUUCCGAGUAGUCUUCGUCGGGUUCUCCUCUACGUCUCAAAUGACGUCAUCUCCGAAGUCGGGAGUACCGCACAGCACAGUCAGUUCUCCUACAUAGUUCCAAACGUACCACUUUCAGGCAUCCCUUGUUGCAAUCGCUCGAAAAUGUUACUUGUCUUAAUUACAACAGGGACUGACUCUUCUCAGUUACUGUGAGUACCGUGGGGCCGUGAAUUUGAAAGUGAGCCGUUCUUCAUAAACUGUACAGUUCCGAACUUGAGUUCCUUAUAAAAACUUUAUCUUGUAAGUCCCCUCAACAACCUGCAGAAGCCUGUUAUAGGAAUUACGAAUACCUUAUAUAAUUGUAGGGGCGCGUACCUUUAUUAAAAGGAAAACACACUUAACGCCACUAGACUUGUCGUAUUUUCACUAAGUAUUAUUUGGUAAUCAAUCACUUCUCGCCGUAUUCUGUAUAUUCAUAAAUCUCUUGUAGAAUCACGACAACUUUAACCACUUGGAAUCAUACGUUUCCUUACCCCACCUCCAUACACACCUCUUUCUUUAUUUUCACACAUUCGAUGUCCAAAAAAUGCUACACCAAACGUCUUCUUUUCUUUCCCUCCUUCCACUUUCCUACAACUGUCCGUUCCUCUGAUUUUACCCAGCACCUGGGCACAGCACCCACACAACAGAAAAUGUACAUGUAUAAAACAUGCAUACACACACACAUAUUUACGUGUUUCAGAUAGCACAGAUAUUAAUUAAACAAAAAAUAGAAAAUAUAUAAUUAACACGACAGAAAAAUUAUGUCAUACAAUGAAGAUAGAAACACUGUGUAAAUUUCAGCUUACGCAUUGUACUACAAAGUUUUUAUUUUCAAAAUAACCAUUUUGCAACAAUUUAUAACUUUGUGGUACUUUUUAAUUUCACGUUUAGGAUCAAAGUUUUUACUUCCCUUUCACAAACUCUCAAUUAACUUCCCCAGGACGCACGACACACAGAGACGGUAGUGAAGCUCGUCCCUUACUUUUCCGAGCAAAUCUGUAGUUAACGCACUCGGUGCUGUUGCUAAUGCGACCUCGAAAUUCAGCUGUUGAUUGGGGGAGAGUAGACAAGUAUUUCACAAACCCUCACAAAAAGCUCACAUACGCUGAGAUCAGGCGACCCUGACGACGAAUUCUGCAAUGUGAGAUCCAUACACCCUUUACUCCGUACGAGUUGCAGCGCCGUUCUUUAGAUGAAAAGUUGUGACUGAAGACCAGAAUGAGAAAUGUCAUCUCGACGGGGUGCAUACUGGGCAAUGAACAAGCGAUCAUGCUGGUUGCCAUAGGGAGACCCCUACUGCCAGCUUACAACUGGCAUCAAGGUGUACUCCUACAAAAGACGGCGCCUAUUCGUCAUCGCCGAUUCCGUCCAAAUUUAUGGUAUAUGCAGGGCAAGACCAAAAAUGAAAGUGGCGAGCGUGGGACCACAGAUGGCAAAGCGUUCAGAAAAAAUAGCAAUUUUGGCGCGGGGGCGACGAGGCUUGAACCGCUUAUGUUGAUGUAUUUUCCAGGCAGUGUUUGGCGCAGUGGAAAGAUUAAAGAACAGCAGUUUGAGGGUCAAAGGGUCGAGUAUGUACGGGGAAACUAUUUUAUGUUUCUUUAUUUCCAGUUUUUACGUUACUUACACUGCAAAUAAACCAAAAUAAUGCUCAAUAUAUUGUGUUAGUUAAUGUUUUCAUAAUAAGAAUGAAAAGAAAGGGAUAGGAUAAAUCGAGAUUGCAAAUAACUUCCCGGGAAGCCAUUUUAAGGCAUACACCAGAACUUCGUAUAUAAAAUUAGAUACUUUUAUUGUUUUACAGUCGAUGAUAUACACGUGGUUCAAAUGGCUCUGAGCACUAUGGGACUCAACUGCUGAGGUCAUUAGUCCCCUAGAACUUAGAACUAGUUAAACCUAACUAACCUAAGGACACCACAAACAUCCAUGCCCGAGGCAGGAUUCGAACCUGCGACCGUAGCGGUCUUGCGGUUCCAGACUGCAGCGCCUUUAACCGCACGGCCACUUCGGCCGGCGAUAUACACGUGCUGGGACGAUUUUCAUCCUAAAAACAAGGUAGCAAUAAUUUUGUCGGCGUUUUGCUCACGUUAUAAACGCAACAUUUUUACAGUUACGUGGUUAUUUUAAAGUUUCUAUAGAGAAACAAACCUGGUUCACAUUCAUAGAAGAUUCUCUCUCAUCGUGAGUUUGGCAGCAGACCACGCACAACCCAAAAUUUCGCCAAAUUUGGUUACCAUAGCUGGUGAUGUACAUUGUAAUGUAUUUUUAUGCAGUCUUCUCAAAGCUCAAACUGAAACUUACGGAAUACGAAGUCCUGUACGUUUUAAUUACUAUGAAUUCGUGAAGUGUUAGUUGCGGAGUCCUCAUGCAUGCUAUAAGCACAAUCCUUUCUCGGAAAUUUAUUUACAAUCAAAUUUUUUUUUUCCUCACAUCUAUAAUUCUCACGCCCAUCACUUCCAUUUCUGGCCUAGUCAUGCAGAUACCAUAAAGUUUCCAUACAAUAGGUUUAACAGGACUCAAACCUUGUAUCUUCAUUCACGUAGAAGCUGUAGUUCUGUGAAAUCGGAUGAAUCUUUUUGAAACACGCUCUAUUUCCCUGUAGAGUUCGCUUAACACAGCCGACCAACUAGACCGAAUUCUACGUAAUAAAAAUCAUCUUGAACCCAAAGCGACGAACUAUAUAAUCUUCAUGAUCUCACAGACAAUACUAUCUACUCAUUAAUUCUCAGCACUGGCAAAGCUGCUGAAUGAAAGAUAUCAUUCAGCUCUUAAGUAUCAUUUACUAUGGAGCUACAAAAACGACAGUUAAGCACCUUUCUGUCUCUAACAUUUACAGUUUUAGUGAUCGCGUGAGUCCGAGUCAGCUUUAGCAGAUAAGAAAUGGCAGCUCUAGCGGUUAUCAAGCAGUAUCUGAGUAAAUUUUACUCGAUAUCUGGGUAAUCCAGUUGGUGAGAUAAAGGACUUAGCGUCGCUCUCGACGUUUGUCCCUCGUCAAUUCCAAUAUCUUAAGAGAUUGUUUGACAGAUUUACUCUGCUCUCUAGAAAGACGAAGUUUGUUUAUAUUUGACAUGCGCUUACCCGUUGUGGAACUAACAGCUUAUACAAAAGGGCGUCAGCAUUUCGACUACAGCUGAUAGCAAAUCUCCUACCAUUUAGGAUAGUAUCAGUUACGUUCAUUAUGACUACUGCUUCCACCUCUCUGGUCGGACUCCUCUUGUCUCAUAAUUGUUGAUAGUUCUAAAAGCAAUUAUGUGGAAAAAAUAACAUACCUCUUUUAUUAACAGAGACAAUUUCGACUUUCUUCAUUUCAAAUCACACAAUAAAUUUCAUCAGUGCUAUGAAUAAAAUUCUACGAUGCACUUAAUAUGUUGAUCUGUCACAACAGUGAUAUCUAGACCUCUGUAGUACCUGGAGCUUUGGAUGUCAUGUUGAAUCUAUUAACAGAUUGACCGCAACUUCGUUACCGUUAUCUCCCAGCCGCUUUUACAGAGGAACCACAUUUCAGACACAUUUGGAGGUUCCGCAUUGUCAGUUUCGGACAUCUCGUGUUUUAGAUAAGAGCGCCAACACUUCAUUUAGGUAUUCUUUAAAUGCAGUAAUGCUAGAUUAUUGGAAACUUGAUAUUUGCCAAUUGCAACCUUUGGGGUCAAAAGUUCUUUGUGAUGGCAUUUCCUGUACAGUUCCACACUUUCAUAGAAGCGAGCUGAUCUCCAAGUGCAUCUUCCUCUUUCUCACUCGAUGUGGCCACAUGGCAGCAUUGAUCAUUCAUCUGCAGCUCUGUGUUUACUGGUAUAUUCCAACACUUAUCUCAUUGUGAUAAAUGCUUAAAUAUCUCCUGUAAUCAUUUUAUUUCUUAAAGUACAAGAAAGGACUUGAAUCUGGGCUAGGUGAGUCUUUUCUUGACUCUCCUUUUCAUUUUAAAAAACUAGGUUGAAGUUCGUCUCAUUUAAAUCUACACUUUCCAACACAUUAGCAGAUAAAUGCUAUUUGCUCAAAGACUGUUACUUUUUUACAUUGACUAAUAGGUAUAAAAGAUAAUCAGCAUUAAUGGAAAUUAACUGUUGUUACACGUGUGAAAUACUGCAUAAGCCUUUGGUAGGAAACUAAAGUUGUUAGAUUCUUUCAAGCAUAAAGGGAGAAUUAUGUGCAUUUCUUAAGACUCAGUAACGUAAGGCCUACUACUCCACAGCGCAAGCGUUAAAACGAUAAGCCUACCAGUUUCAGAUCUCGACGUAACUGUUUACUACAAUCAUCUAAAUUGUCUUCGACCCAGGGUAUUCACUUUUCCCUUCCAAUCGCUAAUAUCUCUCUCUUUCUUAUACACAACACACGCAAAUUUGUCAUCUGUGUAACAUCUCACACCGCCCCGUUGGCAGGGUUUCUGCUUAUGCAAGUCCUGGUCAGCACGUUCACUGUUCCAUAUGGAUUUUCCACACAAACUUCUGUUGGCAUUCUCUAUUCCCUGUAAUACAGUCAUGUUUCGUCGGUUCUACGGUUUUAAGAUUAUUUGUAGAUGGUCAUUUGAAAAGUACUCGGCCUCCUAUUUUCCAGCAAUCAUAUUGAUCCAUUAACGCAUCUAUACGAAAUUUUCAUAAAAAUGAUUUGUUUAAGGAAGUGCUUCGUUCAUGUCCGAUAUUAUUUUAAACUAGUAGGUUUUCCGUUUGCAUUCGCCUCCUUUCUUCGUCUGCUUAGUUUGUGAUAGCUCCUUUUGUUAAUUCCCAUGCUUAUUAGAACCAUUUCUUAUGAUUUAUCACACCAUCCCCAGUCUUAUAAUUCCACCUUGAUUCACGUGCCUAGCACUGAUUUUCAUCUCUGAUCUUUUUCGUGUUACAUACCCAUUUUAGUACCACUAACCUUCGUUCUAAGGCUCUUCUUAGUACGAAUAUGAAUACAGAAGUGUAUCUAUUACUGAAAUAGUGCCGCUUGCCGCCAUUGCUACAUAUAAAGGCAAAGUCCUAAACUACAGUGCGUUUCAUUAGACUAUACGUGUCAGUAAAGUCUCAUUUCUAAGCCUCAUAAACGGAGUCCAGGUGUUAAGAGACUUACGCUGAUGCAGCCACAGUUUACAUAAUAUAACCCUGAAGAACAACCUCACAUCCUGAUAUCUCACAAAUACGUGUCAGACAUUGAAAAAAGAAAGGAAAAAAAAGGAAAAAACCUUCGUCAGAAGACUUCUUUCAUAACUGUCAGAAAGAGAACAGGUAAAGUACAUGUUUUAUCGAUAAAAGUUUCUACCCCCUUGAAACACAGCCUUUCGAGCCAUUGUAGAUUUAAGCAAAUAUUUGUCUUGAAAUGUAGGUUGCGCUAACUAGAAGAAAUGGCAGUUUAUUGCUGCCCACUCAUUCAGCUUAUAUGAUGUUCAAUUAUUCUCAGUGAAGUGUACAUUCAGUCAAAUGAUCCAAUUUCAUUUUAAGGCAAGUACUAUAUUUCAUAUACCAGAUGCAUGGUGAGGGGAUGUGAAACGGCUUUCGUAUGAGAUGUGCUCAAUCUUCGUUAGUAUAAAUGUUCUUGAACUUCCACUUUGUGUAGAUUUAAUACCUUGUCAGUUUGCUGUGUCAAUAUUUCUGAGCAUUAAGUGUUAGUUGAUUUUGUAAGCCUUGUUAAGAAUGGGGAAAACUGUGACAACAAAUAAAUAAAAGUCUUUAUAAGAAAUUA